CCGCAAGGCAUCCGUCCGCUUGCGGACAAGAUCGAGGCCCUCCGCGUAUGGCCCGAGCCGACCAACACCACGGACGUUUGUUCAUUCAUGGGGUUGGUGGGCUACUAUCAGCGAUUCAUCACCGGAUACUCAAGGAUUGCUGCACCUAUGACGAGAUUACAAUGGCCAAAGGUGCCAUUCGUAUUCGAUGACGACGCACGCCGGUCAUUCCAAGCACUUGAGACGGCCAUGCUCAUGGCACCCGUCCUUAGCAUCUAUGACCCCACCCUGCCUACGAGAGUGACAACUGACGCUUCUGGCUAUGGCAUUGGGGCAGUCUUGGAACAACACGACGGCGACGACUGGCACCCUGUGGAGUAUUUCAGCCACAAAGUGCCUCCCAUCAAUUCGCUUGAUGAUGCAAGGAAGGAGCUGCUCGCGUUCGUGAUGGCUCACAAGCGAUGGCGGCACUUCCUCCUUGGGCGUCGUAGGUUCACAUGGGUCACGGACAACAACCCAUUAACCUACUACAAGACACAGGAUACAAUGAGCAGCACGAUCGGCCGAUGGAUGUACUUCAUCGACCAAUUUGACUUCACACCGAAACAUCUCCACCGAAGGAGUCUGAUCCGCACUUCGCCACGUUGUAUGCGCAACUAUCUUCGGAUCACCCGCCAACCAGCCACUAUCGCAUUGCCGACGGGUACUUGCUCCUCCACUCGUGAGGCAAGGACUUAUUGUGUGUCCCACGAGACCGUCGUCUUCGGACUUGCCUUCUCGGGGAGCACCAUGACUCGCGACUCGCCGACCAUUUUGGAGUCAACCGCACUAUUGCACGACUUCGACAACGAUUCCGAUGGCUCGACCUCAUUUCCGAUGUCACUCGGUAUUGCGACUCUUGCGAAGUUUGUCGACGAAGCAAGCCCCGCAAUUGCAAUCCCUACGGCGAGACUCAAGGGUGCUUCAUCGAGUGCUGCAUUAAAGAUUUUGGGGUACAUCCCAGGGAUCUCUCAGCGGAUACAGGAGGAAAAAGCAGAAGCUGUCAAGGUGUUGAAAUCAUCAAUCAAGACCAACCGCAAUGGAUGGAUUACCAAACUUCCGGAAAUGGGUUUGGGCUCGGAAGUGCUGAAGAGCUUGCAAGAAAUGACUGAACGAGACAGUGGAUGGAAGGGCCAAUGCUCUGGCACUGUAUACUUUGGUGCAGACAACUUCAAGGAGCAUAUGAGGAUUCUAACGGAGGCGUAUAGCAUGUUUGCUCACACCAAUCCUCUGCACUCGUCAGUGUUCCCAAGCGUUCCCCGACUUGAAGCUGAAGUAGUCGCAAUGACAGCAAGUACACUCAAUGGAGAUGUCAGCAAUGGAGUUUGUGGGAAUGUGACAUCUGGUGGAACAGAGAGCAUCUUGAUGGCGGUAAAGGCGACAAGGGACUAUAUGAAGGCUACUCGAGGCAUCACUGAACCAGAAAUUGUUAUUCCGGUAUCAGCACAUGCAGCCUAUCAUAAAGCUGGCCAGUACUUCUCUGUCCGAGUGCGUAUGGCAGCUGUGGAUGCAGGCUUCCGAGCAGACGUGGAGGCUAUGUCAAAACUAAUCAAUUCCAACACUAUCAUGAUUGUGGCAUCUGCACCUACUUUUCCUCAGGGAGUCAUCGAUCCUGUAGAGGACAUUGCGGCGCUUGCCAGAAGCGCCAAUGUUUGUCUACAUGUGGAUUGCUGCCUUGGGGGGUUUGUUCUGCCGUUUGCGCGAAAGCUUGGCUAUCCGAUUCCUCCUUUCGAUUUCUCUGUUCCAGGUGUAACAUCUGUGUCGGCUGAUAUCCACAAGUAUGGCCUUGGUCCCAAGGGAACGUCCGUGGUUCUCUACAACAGCCACGAGCUAAGGAAGCACGCCGUUGUGGCAGUUUCCACCUGGAGUGGAGGGCUCUACGCGUCGAUGACAAUUCCUGGCAGCAGACCUGGAGGGCUCGUAGCUUCAGCAUGGGCUGCUAUGAUGGCAGUGGGAGGCGAAGGCUAUUUGGAAAAUGCCAAGAAGCUAAUGGCCACAGCAACUGCAAUCAGGAAAGGGAUUGAGGCAAUCAGUGAUCUCCAUGUAUUGGGCCGCCCUGAUAUGACAGUUGUAUCGUUUGGGUCGGACACAAUGGACAUUUUCAGAGUGAACGACGAGAUGGUCGCAAGAGGAUGGAAGUUAGUUCCUUUACAUCUCCCUGCAUGCCUCCAUAUAUGUGUGACUCUUCAGCAUGUUGGGAUGGUCGAGAAGUUCCUCGCCGACUUGGAAGACUCUGUGCAGCAGGUGCGAAACGAUCCAGAUGAAAAGUCAAGGGGGUUGGCCCCAAUUUAUGGAGCUGCAGCAUCCAUUCCUAAUCGUGGGCUGGUUGCUGAUAUGCUUGUGACGUUCAUGGACGAGUCAUUUUGAGGUCAUGAUGGUGACACUAUAUGCAUUUUUUGUACGUGUUGAAAAAGAAACGAUGAAAUGCAUUUAUCAUCGACGGCCGUCGGCCCGACCGGUCGGCGGGGAUGAUUUAUGUUAAAUAAGUUUAAGUAAGUACGUGUUGAAAAAGAAACGAUGAAAUGCAUUUAUGUAAAAUAAUUUCAAGUAAGUACAAAUUUGAGUUGAACAUUCGAAAUGUAAUAUGUAUAAGGAAUUGAGAGGGUAAUAAGUGCUGGAUAUUUAUGUACGAUUCAAUAAUAUGAUUGAUUGUAAAGAUCGAACCAAAUGAAAGGGUGAUCAGUGUUGGAGUUUUGAAUUUUUGAAAAAAUUUCAACGUAUUCAGCGAAAAAUGUCCAAUGGAAUUGGUUGUCCGACUUUGUGUGUCGUGAGUUCGUUAACUGUCCAAUCAACGUAAAGUCCUUGUCCUUCUCUUUUCUUCUUUUUUUUUUUCUUUUAACCCGCCUUGACCCACCAGAGAGGGUGGUAUGAGCUCCCCCCUCUGUCAAAUCCUUGUCGGCAUUUCAUAUUUCUAGAAUUUUACCGCACAGACCCAAUCAAUGGGUGAGUUGUCAUUGAGGACAAUAUAGUCUAGAAUAUUGUCUGUCGAUCGUUGUAUUGGAGCGAUGGAGGCAAUCAGACGUGCAUCAAGAAGGGUGCUCGUCGUGAAGUCAUCUGAAAGGAUCAUGCUUCUAAUUGUCUGGGAACUGAGUUUUUUUUUGUCUUUUUUUUUUAAUAGAAAAAAAAGAAUUCCUCAAUUUCAUGGCCCCUGGGGACUUUUCUUGCUUCAAUCAUUCCCUAAUCUUUUAUUAGAGAAAAAAAAAUAGCAAAAAAAUACGUCAUGAGAUUCUGAAAGGGGAAAGGACAUGUCUGCCACGAACUGCAUGUUGAAUGCUGAGAUUAAAGUUUAUCAGUAGUUCACAACUUAGUGUCACAGUUGCCAAUCUAGAAAUGAGCACGGACAUGCAGAUUGGCCAGGUGGAUGAUCUGCGCCUGGAUGUGUAGACGUCAAAAUGCAUCGUGUAAUGGAAUGAAAGUCCAGCCAAUGG